AUGGAUCCACUAGAUGUUUUGUCUUCGGUGAAGCCAACAAACGAUCCAGAGAACUUCGUAACCGAGAUAAAGGAAAUACGUACAAAACUUAUUGCGGGUGGGAAGGAGAGUAUUUUUGAAUCAUUUUUUGAUGCUUCCGUAACUCUCGCAUUCCAAAUUGUUGGAAAGGAUGCAAGAGAUGAGCUCAUUUCGAAGCACUUGUCCUUUUCUGAGAGCUCGUAUCAUACCUUAUUAAUGAAUGCGAUGACUGCCUGUAAAAAUGGUUUGUGCUCCCCUACAACCCCUUUGCUCAUAAUGGAUGAGUUGUUUGAAUCGGUUCCAAUCAAUGAGUGUGAAGCAAUAUGGAAUACGUUCAAAACCUACCAAAAGGACAUAUCGGAGCUCCUACACAUCGAUGAGAAACGCUGCAGCCUUACGAGCCUAGCAGUACUAAAGCUUGUGAAUUCUCUCCUCCGUCGCACUUGCCAAAUACGGGAUUGCGCAUUUCGAGGCUCGUUGAUGAUGUUUCUGUCGAACAUGUUUUCUUUGGAAGAGAGGAGUGGACUGAACAUGGCGAAUCAGUUCAACCGGCAUGCCUCGCUUCGUUUGGACCCUCCAGACGUAGUGAAGAAGAUAUUGUGUGCGCUGUUUGAUUGCUUGAUGUGCAGAGAUAACGGCAGUAAAGGUAACUACUCGGAGUUCUACGGGAAGUUCUGGAAGCUGCAGGAAAUUCUAUGCAAUCGCGACUAUGUGACGAAGGAGGCGUCACGAUGGGAAGAGCUUCACCAGCUAAUUCAUUAUGUGACGAAACGGAUGAGCGAAAUCAAGGAACUGACACGAGCUGGGGAGUUGGAGAAGGAAUCGCUGGAGCUGGAUAAGAUUUAUUUGAAUUUUCAGCCUCAAGAAUUCGAUGAUUCGGACAAGAUUCUCCCCUUGUAUUCGUCCCGAGCGAGUGUGUUUUUGACACAGAUGCGCGAUGUGAAGACUCGGCGGUCCAUCGGCGUGCAAAUGUACUGCUAUCUGAUGCACGUCCGUCCUGUUUUGAAGCGUGAAUCAGAGAUCAAGGAAUGGAAAGAUGUCAAGAAGGACGUACUCCGCUUGCUGCAAAGCACACCGCACGGAGAUGCGUUCUGCAAUGCGAUCGUCAAGCAUGUGGAUCGCGAAGUCGUGUGGGAAGAUUGGAAGGAGAGCAAGUUUCCCCCGAUGGUUCCGAAAGAGCCGAUCCCGGCCCAUGAAACGGUGGAAGUGAGCUUGGCGUCGCGACGCCCUGGCGAUGUGCGGAACCUCUGUCGCGACGAUACGCUGAAAGAUUUCGUAUUGAUGAAGAGGGAGGCUGACAUCCAGAUCCAAAGCUGCCGCGAAGAAACGGUUCGGAGAGAGCAACUCACAUAUCCAUCACACCCAGAAGUCCCUGAGAACUGCACAACGGAAGCGAUGGGCGCAACUCCGUUUGCAGAAGUGAUGGCGCGCGAUUUGGUGGAAGCGAUGGAUCCGGAGAACGGAUUCGAAGAGGAAUACAUGCCCUAUCGCAACCCCAUUUAUAACUGGAGACUGCUGCGAUUGCUGCUAUCGCAGAAUACGGUGCAGUUCUGCGCGUUCUCGGAGAAGGUUCCGCCUCUGGACAGCACGAAAACGGAAGGAGGAAGAAGUGAUGAUAGUAGCGAUUCCAGAAGGAGCCAAGUCGAAUGA